CGCCUCGGGAGUUAGCAGCAAGGCAGGAAGAGAUUUCUGUGUGUGGUGCAGCGUGCACUUUGCUUAACUCAGUUAACUCAGGAGCAGUCGUUGUGUCCAAGCAACACCUCUGCUCUUUCUCUCUCCACAAGUAUUCUCUCUCUCUCUCUCUCUCUCUGCGCGGACAGCAAGGAGCUUCAAUGGCGGCGAGGCUAUCAACCUGCUUUCUGGCCUAUGGAUGGAGUGGCGUCAAUUGUAGACACUGGAAUGUACGCUCCUCCCCCUCUCAUCGCUUGCUUCCGGCCUCCUGCAAGAUGCGCCACCGAAACCUCAGUUCUCAACAUAAGAGACAAGUUAAAAAACUCUCCCCUGAGCGACUACCCACAAAUGCAAAGUUCCAGCCAAAUAGCGAGAAGGACACUGAAUCAGCAACUUCUUCUGCAGAUGAAAUAUCAAAUUUGAAUCAUAGAAAUGAAUCUCAUGAUGAUAUUGGCACUGUUGUAGCUGUUGAAGAUACAAAUAGCGACAAAGAUGCUGAAUCAGCAACUUCUGCUGAUGAAACAUCAAGUUUGAAUCGUAGAAAUGUAUCUGGUGAUGAUGUUGGCACUGUUGUAGCUGUUGAAGGUACAAGUGAUGAAGAUUUGAACAGACCAACUAUACUGAAUGAAAUUAAACCCUCUUCCACAGAGGAAAUGUCAAGUUUCAAUCAUGAACCUAUGUCUAGUGACAAUGAUGGUGCUGUUGAUGAUACAAAUGAGAAAGAUUUGAACAGUCUAACUGUACUGAAUGAAAUUAAACCCUUGGCAACAGAUGCCAGCAGUGGUGAGGAUUUCUCAAGCUUUCAGAUCCAGGAUUUGAUAGGGAUGAUAAAGAAUGCUGAGAAAAAUGUACUUCUCCUCAACCAAGCUCGGGUUCAUGCCCUUGAAGAUCUUAAAAAGAUUCUUAAUGAGAAGCAGGAGUUGCAAGGAGAAAUUAAUAUUUUAGAGAUGAGAGUGGCUGAAACUGAUGCACGGAUCAAAGUUGCUGCCCAAGAAAAGGUACAUGUGGAACUCCUGGAAGAUGAAAUGGCAAAGUUAAGACAUGGACUAUCUACUCGGGGAGGCACUGGAACAAACAUGCAAGAUCUGCACAAAGCAGUCCCAAUUCCUCCUAAUAAUAGUAUUGAUUUUCUCAUUGAGGAACUCAGUUUAUUAAGGAAAGAAAAUAUGUCCCUGAAGGAUGAUUUACAAGCACUGAAGGCAGAGCUUAGUAAUGUCAGGGGGACUGAUGAACGUGUUAUAAUUUUGGAGAAAGAACGCUCUUCUUUGGAAUCUGCUUUGAAAGAGUUGGAGCUUAAACUUCAUGUCUCUCAGGAAGAUGUUUCAAAACUUUUUGUUUUAAAAUCAGAAUGCAAAACCUUAUGGGAAAAAGUAGAACAUUUGCAAGCAUUAUUAGAUAAGUCAACCAAAAAGGCAGAUCAAGCUAUUUCAGUGUUACAGCAGAAUCAGGAGCUCCGGAAGAAGGUGGACAGGUUGGAACGAUCCCUUGAAGAUGCUAAUGCCUAUAAAUCAUCAUCAGAGAAGUUGCAACAAUAUAAUGAAUUGAUGCAACAGAAGAUAAAACUUCUUGAAGAGCAUGUUCAAAGGUCUGAUGAAGAGAUACAUUCUUGUGUUCAAUCAUAUCAAGAAUCAGUGAAAGAAUUCCAAGAUACCCUCAAUAGUUUGAUAGAAGAAAGCAAGAAAAGAUCUUUGGAUGAACCUGUAGAUGAUUUGCCAUGGGAGUUCUGGAGUCGUUUAUUGCUUAUGAUUGAUGGUUGGCUCCUUGAGAAGAAAAUAUCAUCCAAUGACGCAAAGCUACUAAGAGAAAUGGUGUGGAAGAAAGAUGGACGCAUUUGUGAAACAUACAUGGCGUGCCGAGAAAAGAAUGAGCGCGAAGUAAUUGCUACAUUUCUUAGACAGACAUCACCAACACGUGCAGGAAUGUAUGUCGUUCAUAUUGCAGUAGAGAUGGCCCCGGUUGCUAAGGUUGGUGGUUUGGGGGAUGUCGUGACUGGUCUUGGCAAAGCAUUGCAAAAAAGAGGACACCUUGUCGAAAUCAUUCUUCCAAAGUAUGACUGCAUGAAAUAUGAGCGUAUUCGUGAUUUGAGGGCCCUAGAUGUGGUAGUGGAAUCGUAUUUUGAUGGUCACCUUUUCAAAAACAAAAUCUGGGUUGGGACUGUUGAAGGACUUCCUGUCUAUUUUAUUGAGCCUCAUCAUCCGGGUAACUUUUUUUGGAGAGGACAAUUUUAUGGGGAGCAUGAUGACUUUAAACGUUUCUCAUUCUUUAGUAGGGCAGCCCUAGAGUUUCUUCUCCAUGCUGGCAAGAAACCAGACAUAAUUCAUUGCCACGAUUGGCAGACAGCUUUUGUUGCACCACUUUAUUGGGAUCUAUAUGCACCCAAAGGAUUGAAUUCAGCUAGAAUAUGCUUUACAUGUCAUAAUUUUGAGUACCAAGGGACUGCACCUGCUUCAGAGCUGGCAUCUUGUGGUCUUGAUGUUCAUCAGUUAAAUAGACCAGAUAGGAUGCAGGACAACUCAGCACCUGACAAGAUCAAUCCUGUCAAGGGUGCAGUUGUGUAUUCCAACAUCGUGACAACAGUUUCACCAACUUAUGCACUGGAGGUGCAGACUGCCGAGGGAGGACGGGGACUUCAUUUGACCCUUAAUUCUCACUCAAAAAAGUUCAUAGGAAUUCUGAAUGGGAUAGAUACUGAAGCAUGGAAUCCUGCUACUGAUACUUUUCUCAAAGUCCAGUAUAGCGCCCAUGAUCUUCAAGGGAAAGCAGAAAACAAAGAAGCUCUAAGACGGCAUCUAAGACUUUCUUCUGUGAAUGUCAGGCAGCCAAUGGUUGGUUGCAUUACAAGAUUGGUUCCACAGAAAGGUGUGCAUCUUAUUAGACAUGCAAUAUACAGGACAAUGGAGAUGGGAGGACAGUUUGUACUUCUGGGUUCAAGUCCAGUGCCACAUAUUCAGAGGGAAUUUGAGGAUAUUGCAAAACAUUUCCAGAGUCAUGAACAGAUUAGGUUGAUGUUGAAGUAUGAUGAGUCUCUUUCCCACUUAAUUUAUGCAGCAUGUGACAUGUUCAUAAUCCCAUCUAUCUUUGAGCCUUGUGGCCUUACACAGAUGAUAGCAAUGAGAUAUGGUUCUGUCCCAAUAGCAAGAAAAACGGGGGGUUUAAAUGACAGUGUUUUUGAUGUUGAUGAUGAUAGCAUACCAGUGCAGUUUAGGAAUGGAUAUACAUUUUUAACACCUGAUGAACAGGGACUGAACGGUGCUCUGAAACGUGCAUUUAUGCACUAUAAGAAAAGUAGUCAGAGUUGGCAACAACUCGUUCAGAAGGUCAUGAAUAUUGACUUCAGUUGGGACUCAUCAGCAUUGCAGUAUGAAGAGCUUUAUGAGAAGUCUGUGGCUAGAGCAAGGGCAUUAGCAAGUCGCGUUUGAUUUCUGUUUCGGUAUUUACGGACAUCCCUGGUGCCAGAAUUGAGAUUUUCACGCAAACCUGUUCAGCAAAUUGAAUAGUAUCUGGGAACUGGAUGAAAUGAGAUAUGAUUGUUGCCCCACCGAUUAAAACGACUAGUGGGAACUGUAGCAAGUACACUAUACAUCCACAACGGAGAGGAAAAAGCUUUCGCGUAUGAAUCUUGCAAUGAUUGAGGUCAAGUCAAGAUUUUUAUUUCUAUCCACCUCCACUAUUUUGGUUCUUUUAACCUCCCAUGAUAUCCAUUCAUUUGUACAUAUAAAUACACCUCAAUCUUGCAGCUGAUGUACAUUCCACUUCAUAUUGUUCAGAAUGAAUUGGUCCAACGCCUGUGAUACAAUAUUCUCCUGUCAAACAUGUACAACUUGUAUACUUAAAAACAUACGACACUGAGCCAUUACCAUGUUGGUUUUCCUUGUU